CUGAUGCUUUUAACGCUUUCUUGUCUUGCUUACACCAGAAGGGAGAACUAGCGCGAUACUUGAUUUAAAAAGAUAACAGUUGAUAGAGAAACAGAGAGAGAGAGAGAGAGAGAGAGAAUAUGGCAGAAACAGAAGCGAUAGGAUCAUCUAUUGAAGAAACACCAACAUGGGCUAUUGCUGCUGUUUGUUUUGUGUUAAUUUCCAUCUCUAUUCUCAUCGAACAUGCUCUCAAUCUCAUAAGCAAGUUCUUUACAAGACGGAGAAGGAAGUCUCUAAGAUUGGCUCUUUACAAGAUCAAAUCAGAGCUGAUGCUUUUGGGCUUCAUCUCCUUAUUACUAACCAUUUGCGAAGAGCACAUCUCUAAGAUCUGCAUCCCCAAGAAUGUCGGCGAGAGCUUCCUUCCAUGCAAGAACUUAAUUCACUCAAAUGACAUUGGGGAAGAACCCAGAUGUGCAGAGGAGGGAAAGGUUUCAAUUUUGUCUAGAAACGGUGUUCAGCAACUCCAGUACUUGAUCUUUGUCUUGGCCUUCUUUCACGUUCUUUCCUGCGUUCUCACCUUUGGUCUUGGGAUGGCCAAGAUGAAGAGAUGGGAAUCUUGGGAGGAAGAAACAAGAACUCUUGAAUAUCAUUUCACCAAUGAUCCAAGAAGGUUCAGGCUCACCCAUCAAACAUCAUUCGGAAAACGACAUCUGAAGUGCUGGAGUGAAUACCCUUUACUUCUUUGGCCUGUCUGUUUUCUUCGGCAGUUCAAUGCGUCUGUCUCCAAAACAGAUUAUUUCACUCUUCGCCAUGGAUUCAUUAUGGCUCACUUUGCAGAAGGUAGUGAGUUCGACUUCCAAAAGUUUCUCAGACGAGCUGUGGAUGAAGAUUUUCACGUGGUGGUCGGAAUAAGCCCGUUGAUGUGGAUAUUCUCGGUGUUGUUCAUAUUUUUCAAUGCAAAUGGAUUUUACAAUUAUUUCUGGCUUCCAUUUAUUCCUUUAGUGAUGCUUCUGUUGGUGGGGACGAAGCUGCAAGUUGUGAUAACCAAAAUGGGUUUGGAAAGCCACGGUGAGGCUCCUGUUGUAAGAGGAACUUUCAUUGUGAAGCCCAGUGACGAUCUCUUCUGGUUCAAACGACCACAAUUGCUUCUCCACCUUAUCCAAUUCAUCCUGUUUCAGAACGCCUUUCAAAUGGCAUUCUUCGCAUGGACAUGGUACAAAUUUGGGCUGAGAUCAUGCUUCCAUAGAACGACAGAGGACAUUGUUAUAAGGAUCGUUAUGGGUGUGUUAGUGCAAGUCUACUGCGGCUAUGCAACGCUACCUCUGUAUGCUCUAGUCACACAGAUGGGUUCAUCAAUGAAGAAGUCUGUAUUCACCGAGCGGGUGAUUGACGGUCUGAAGAACUGGCACCAUAGUGCAAAGCGGAGUCUAGCCACCAGCAGCAAGACCAAUUCUACGGUUGCUUCGCCUGAUCCUUCACCCUCUCGAACACUUCAUACCUCAUUAUCUGACGGACAGGAGGUUGAAACGGUGGAGCUUUAUCAUCCAUCACCAAAUGCUGAUGCUGGACAUCUAGGCGUCGAAAUCAGGGAAGAGAAGUUUGAUAUAAAUGUGAACGACCCCAGAAGCUAUGAUGGUGAGAUCUCGUUUGGCCGGUAAUUAAAACUAGUAAUUAUUGACUCUGCGCGCAGAGAGUAAUUUCUGAGGUCAUCAGCCAUGCAACCUCUGUAAAUUAUAAUGAAGAUUAAUACUCAACUGGAGACUGGAGAGGAACUAAUCAGGCUUGACCUGCAAUUAAAGCCUAUGCUCCUGUAUGAUAUAGAAAGAUGGUCGACGAAUCUAUUCCGGAAUUAAUGCAGUUCAAGUGCUGGAAGCGUUUGUGUGUUCUUUGGGGAAUUUGAGAAGAAUAUGGAGAUUGGUUGGGAAAGAACUACAUUUAUUAAAUGAAUGGUUGCCAUUAUUCAAUUUUUGUACAGAAUGGUGAACACUCCCAGUAAAUUAUUUAUUAUUAGCAUUUUCCCAUAAUUCCAUUGUUGCAGAUCUAAGGAACAUUUAUGGAGUGAAUUGUUAUCGAUACUAUUUGCAGCUA